AUGACUAAUCAUCAGGAUAAUGGGAAAUCGUUUGAACUUCACCAAAUUGGUUCAUCCAAUGAUAUGCCUCAAUCCAGUGGCAUUCGAUCCUACCAGAUUGUAAACGAUGGAACAGAUGACCAAUUUGUCUUAUAUGGAUAUAAUCGGUCGAUAGCACGAACAAUUAUAACCUGGAUAUUUAUUUUUCUAACAGUUGGAUUUCUUCGUUUGGUAUUCUAUUGGAAGCCUCAUUGGUUUGUACGAUGCUAUUGUACGCGAGCUGAUCUUGCUGUUGCUCAAUAUGUAUUAUUGAAAGAUCGAUAUCAACAAUGGUAUGUUGAAACUGUGCUGAAAGUCGAUCCAAAUUUAAAUCCGAAUGAUCCAAAUGAUUCUCGAAACUUCACGCCUGCAAAUCGUUCACGUUAUGAUCAUUUUUCUGAUCAACAACAGACAGAUGAUUCUACAGGUGAACCUUUUCUCAGCAGCAAUUCUGCUACGCUGCGUACAAGGAACAAAUAUCGACGAACGUUUUUUCUUCGGAAAUGGAUCUAUCAUCAUCGUCAUUGUCAAGAAAUGAUUUUGUGUGAAACCGAAAACAGAGCUGUUCAUCGAUAUUUCGUUAACAAACGAUGGCAUUAUGUUUGGCACGAAGCAGAAUAUAAAUUUACUAAACUUUUGGGUGUUGAAAACAAUGUCAAAUGUGAUUAUUUUAGUCAGAUUCGUCCACUUACAGUCGAAGAACGUGCACAAAAAAAAAUUAUAUAUGGUGAAAACAGCAUUGGUCUUCGUCUGACUCCUAUCUUUCGCUUGCUUAUUCAAGAAGUUCUUUCUCCAUUCUAUAUCUUUCAACUAUUUUCCUGCAUUCUCUGGUUUGCCGAUGAAUAUGUUACCUAUGCAUCAUGCAUUGUCUUUAUAACUGUUGUUUCGGUCAUACUAACAUUACGUGAAGUUCGAAAAAAUGAACGAGCUUUACGUGAUACAGUCCAUCAAUCAGAAGUAAACACUGUGAUUAUAUAUAAUCCCGAAACACACGAAGAAGAACAACGUGAUAUAAUUAGCGAAGAUCUCGUUCCAGGUGAUGUUAUCGUUAUCCGAAGUUCGUCAAUGAUGCAAUGUGAUGCUGUCCUAUUGAAUGGAAACGUUAUUGUCAAUGAAUCUAUGUUAACUGGUGAAAGUAUUCCUGUGACGAAAGUUCAAAUUCCUUAUUAUCAAUCAUCAGCUGAUCAUCCAGGACUUGACGAACCAUUCAGUAUUUCUGAGCACAAUCGAUUCAUUUUAUUUAGUGGAACAUCUGUUAUUCAAACGCGUUACUAUGGCGCUGGUGAAGUACGUGGUGUGGUCAUUCGGACAGCAUUCAACACGGCGAAAGGUGAAUUAAUCCGAUCGAUUCUUUAUCCAAAACCGGUUGAUUUUAAAUUCAACACCGAUACAUACAAAUAUGUUGGUGGUAUGGCAAUAAUUGCACUUGGUGGCAUGAUCUUUUCGUUAGUCAUGCGAAUUAUACGCGGUGAACCACCUGGUGUCAUUAUCAAACGUACCAUUGAUGUGACUACUAUCGCUGUUCCGCCUGCCCUUCCUGCCGCUCUUUCAGCGGGCCUCGUCUAUGCCCAAAAUCGUUUGAAAAAAAUGAAUAUUUUUUGUAUUAGUCCUCGUUCCAUCAACAUAUGUGGAUCAGUGAACACCGUUGUCUUCGAUAAAACAGGCACAUUGACAGAAGAUGGACUUGAUCUUCAAUGUGUCGUGCCUAUUACCCACUCAUAUGAUGCAAGCAAUACGAUGGAAAAAAUUGAAUUUGGCUCUCAAACAACUGAAGUGACAGAUUUAAAUUGGCGUGAUGAGGAAACACACAGUAUGAUCAUUGUCUGUAUGGCUGCUUGUCAUACUUUAACAAGAAUCAACGGUGAACUUGCUGGUGAUCCACUUGAUUUAAAAAUGCUUUCAUUUACUCAAUAUGAAUUAUAUGAACCAGCUGAAAAUGAACAAGCUAACUUUGAUAUGCUUUUUCCUACGAUUGUUCGACCUAUUAACUCGCCAAACAAUAUCGCACCACCGCCGGGUCGUCUUUCCGGCUCUGUCAGCUCAUUAAUUGCUGGAAAUAUUCCAUUUGAGAUUGGUAUUGUUCGACAAUUGCCAUUCAGUUCAUCAUUACAACGAACAAGUGUAAUUGUACGAAUUCUUGCCAAAGAUUCAUUUGAUUUAUUAACCAAAGGUUCACCGGAAAAAAUUGCCGAACUUUCAAGACCUGAGACAAUUCCGAAAAACUUCAAUGAAGUUCUUUCCACAUACGCUAAACAAGGCUAUCGGGUAUUAGCAAUGGCUUAUAAACCAUUAGAAUUGAACUACGUGAAAAUUCAACGAAUUGAACGAGAGAAAAUUGAACAUAGUCUAAUCUUUCUCGGUCUUGUCAUUAUGGAGAAUCGACUAAAGCCGCAAACGGAAGGAGUAUUAAAAGUUCUUUCAAAUGCAAAUAUUCGAACAAUUAUGUGCACUGGUGAUAACAUGUUGACAGCGUUAAGUGUUGCUCGUGAUUGUGAUAUGAUCCCGGAUGAUGCAAAAAUUAUCGCUAUUGAAGCAACUGAAUCGGACGAUACACCGACUUUCACUUAUGCUCAAGUUUAUAAUCGAAGAGUGAAAGAAGUUCGUUAUGAUCAAAGUUCGCAUCGUUUGAUUGAACUUGAUCGUCGAACACCGUAUCAUUUUGCUAUAUCUGGCAAAUCUUUCCAAGUUGUACGUGAGAAACAUCCUGAAUUAUUACGUCGGUUGUGCGUUCGUGGUACUGUUUUCGCACGAAUGCUACCUGAACAAAAACAACAACUGAUUGAAACGCUUCAAGAACUUGGGUAA